AUGGCCAAUACGACGAAGGGGGCUCAGGGUAAUGGAACGGAGAAUGGUGGAGGUGGUGUCACCAGUCCGACACAACACUCAACAAAGAAGGUGCGGAAGGCCAUUGAUUUCACGGCUGCGGUGGAAGGAAUGGAUGAUUCCGGUAAUAGAGUGGUGGUGGCGGAGGGAGAGAAGGUUGGGAAGAAUGAAGUCCCGGAGGGUUCGGUGAAUGUACUUGAUCCGGAUUUGGGGGUUAAUGAGAACAUGAUACAAGAUGAGGGCGAGGAUGGUGAGAUAUGGUGGGAUGAUGUGAUAGAGGAGGGUGUAGCAGAGGCAAUAAUAGAGGAGGAAGAGGCUGAGAAAAUGAUAGCGGAAGAGGCUGAGAAGAUGAUAGAGGAGCUUCCAGAGGCGAUGGAGUCCCAAGGUGAGAGCCAAAUGCAGACUGAUGGUGCCAAUGAGGUGGAGAGACCUCUUGGGGCGGAACAAUUUGUGGAGGUGGAGGCAAAGGAAGUGGGACGUGGAAAACACGUUGCUGCAAGGAAGACUGGAGCUAAAAAGAAACCGGUCCGAUCAACUGUAAGUGUUGAUGGAGGAACUUUAAAGCGAUUUGUGCAGGGCGCAAAAACACCUCGGAAGAAACAGGGGGUCAGAGCUGGUUCUCGCAUCGGAGAUAAGCCCACAGGAAAUGGCACGGAAGGAGACCCAGCGGAAGGGUCGGAGGUGACUUCUCAAGCAACUUAA